AUGACUUUUUUGGAACUUAAAAAAAACACAGAGAAAAUUAAAAAGAUAACUUCUAGAUAAAAAAAUUUUCAUAAUCCAAGAAUUAUUGGAACUCCAGAUUAUAUUGCACCAGAAAUUCUUAAAGGAGAAGGCAUCAAAGAUGUUUCUAUUGAUUGGUGGAGUGUUGGAAUAAUGUUAUUUGAAAUGUUAGUUGAAUUAUAAAAUUCCUUGGGAUGA